CAGGAGCCAGGUGCGAGAUAACCGUAUGGAGCAUGAGCGCAUGGUUGUUCUUCACAGCAACAGUUACAUCUAUCAACAGAAGCGCCAAGAGGCGGUGACCCGCCUGAGCGCCUGCAAUAGGCUGAGCAAGUUUAAACCACGCCCAGCCUCUACUGUGAUAGGCCAACAGACGGGUUGGAACUGUCUAUCACAGUAUAAAGAAUACUGUUUACAUACAUCUUGUCAGUUCUCUGUUCUGCCCUGCGUGGUAUUACAGUGACCCGCAUAUACGAAAGUUGCAUUUGCCAUUUAUUACUUAGCUAAUAAAAAAUACAUAGUAUAAAAUCGGUGACUCAUUGUCAUAUUUAUCCUGAUACCAGAUUUGAAUUUACGCAACCCUAACAAAGGCUUGAAAAAGACUGUGGAGUUUGCAUGUGGUGAAAUUAAGGAUGUGAAAACGAGAGUGGCAAAAAUUGAAAAAAAUUUGGAACGGGUGGAAAAUAAUAAUAAUGUCUACCAUAGACGUCUCACUGAUCUGGAACAAUAACACAAGAAAAUGGAACCUGAGACUCUACGGCUUGCCAGAAGUGGAGAAUGAAGAUGUAUGAGGAGAGGCUAUCCGUAUCUGCCAAGAAGUUUUGCCUGCAGAGAAGAACAAAGUUGGUGAUACCAUCAACGUUGUGCAUCGCCUCGGCAAGAAGCAACAGCAAAACGAUUCAAGACCCAGGGGUAUCAUCAUCCUAUUCACUACCAGAUUCUACAGGGAUGCUGUCUGGAAAGCUGCUAGGAAGAACGCCUUCCUUCAGAGCCAUGGUCUGCGUUUCGCCGAGCAUCUCAGCCCGGAAGACAUAGAAAGAAGAAACAAGUUGUGGCCAACGAUCAAGAUAGCACGAAGUGAGGGGAAGGAUGCUUACUUCGUCGGAGGACGAGGUUUCAUCAACGGUUCAGAAAUCCAUAUUCCUCCCUAAAAUCUCACCAGAAGGAACAGGUUGAUGGUUUCAGCCAUGGUAUUCUCAUUUUCCUUAUGUGGUUUACCUAACAAGCAUCAGGACCUCCAACAGCCGAAGCUAAGUAGUAACAUUAACAUGAUGCCUUCUAAUUGCAGCCGCUGUGCUCGCCUUACGGCGAGGAUAGCUGUACUGCAAGCCCAGCUUCAGACGCAAUCGUUAGGCAAGGGUAAUUUCAGUGUAGGAAAGGAUGAAACAGCGUCUGUGCCACCAGUAAGUACAGAUAGUAGUAUAAAUCCCCUGGCACAGUCCCCGCAGCCGGACAACUUUCUCACGGUUUCUGGAAGGAAAUGCUGUAGGAACGCUCAACCGGUGUCGCUCAUUCAGCAGACAGAAACUUUCAACCGGUUUUCCCCAUUAAGCAGCGGGUCGGAGUCAGAGACCGAGUCUUCUCUGGUCUCUACUCCUCCCGUUACAAGGUCUGAGACGCCGAAGCUUCCCACCAUUAGCUCUGACAAAUUGAAAACUCUAGUCAUUGGCGACUCCAUUACCCGCAGUAUUAGACUUAAAGCGAAUCAUCCAGCGAUCAUACACUGUUUACCAGGGGGCAGGGCUACCGACGUUAAGGCUAAUCUGAAGAUGGUGCUGGCUAAAGCUAAAACUGGCGAGUGUAGAGAGUAUAGAGAUAUUGUUAUCCACGUCGGCACCAACGAUGUUAGGAUGAAACAGUCAGAGAUCACCAAGCGCAACAUAGCUUCUGCGUGCAUAUCAGCUAGAAAGAUGUGUCGGCAUCGAGUAAUUGUCUCUGGCCCCCUCCCAGUUAGGGGGAGUGAUGAGCUCUACAGCAGAGUCUCACAACUCAAUCGCUGGUUGAAAACUGUUUUCUGCCCCUCCCAAAAGAUAGAAUUUGUAGAUAAUUGGCCCUCUUUCUGGGACUCACCCACAAACAGGACCAAGCCUGACCUGCUGAGGAGUGACGGACUCCAUCCUAGCUGGAGGGGUGCUCUCAUCUUAUCUGCCAACAUAGACAGGGCUCUAACUCCUCUAGCUCCACAAUGAAAUAGGGUGCAGGCCAGGCAGCAGGCUAUUAGCCAGCCUGCCAGCAUAGUGGAGUCUGCCACUAGCAUAGUCAGUGUAGUCAGCUCAGCUAUCACCAU